CUUACACAGGUACAAUUCCCCCAAACAACACAGCACCGUCGAAACUCGAGGGCCGGCGCUUUUGCAUCCUUCUCUUUGGACGGCGACAGAGGCCUCAACUUUGUGACACCUCGCGUACGUCCAAACAGUCGCCAUGCCCAAGAUCAAAAGCUAUACGGCUCCUUGGCUGGCCCAAGGCCCAGGCCAGGGCCUAUUUGCUGCGCCAUCCGAAGCUCAGUCGCCUUUCACCUCCAAGAAGAAGAAGAUCCCGGGUACCAGGCGGCCGAUUGCUCAUCGUGGCACCGAGGUAUUCGCUGCAGUGGGCAAGGAACUGCGAUGGGCAGACUUGGCCUACUUGAAGGACAAAUGGACGGCCAGGCAGGAUCGCCGGUCACCUGCCCGGGUCAAGAGAGAGGGAUCUCAGUUGCCUUUCAUGAACACGCAGGAUGGUUCCACGCCAUCGGACGCUGACUUGUCGGCUGCCCAGGGCUUUCGUACCAUCAAAACGACCGUAGCCGACAAUAUUCGACAGCUGGUCAUCUCCCCGAACUCGGACUACCUCGCGAUUCUGACCUCCCAUACCGUCCACGUAUGCGUUCUGCCUGACCCGUCCCAUCUUACAUCCGAAGAUACCGGACCAUUAAAGCCUAAGAUCUGGACUCUGGGACCGACCACCCACGUCACUUCACGCUCGCCCGUGGCAUCAGCGCUAUGGCAUCCGUUGGGCGUCAAGGGAUCCUGCCUGGUAACCGUGACGACGGAUGCUAUUGUUCGGGUCUGGGAGCUAUCGCUCAAGAACAGGUGGUCCUUCGACACGCCGACUCUCUCGAUCGACCUGAAGAAGCUCGCCGACGGUACGAGCCUAGACCAGGAUUUCGCUGCUUCUACGAUGAGCACCAACACAAACUUCUCCCCAGACGUUUUCGAGAUGGAGGUCGCGUCGGCAUGUUUUGCGGAACGUGAAUCCGGAGGCUGGAGUCCCAUGACGCUCUGGGUAGCCAUGACCGAAGGAGACGUGUACGCCCUCUGCCCCCUGCUGCCACAACGCUGGUCUCCGCCUCCCGCCCUCAUCCCCUCCUUGUCUGUUUCCAUCGUUGCCAACGUGGCGGCGAUAGAAGACGACCCCGACGUUUCAGAGCGCGAGAGGCUACUUGCGCAUCAACAGCUCGAGUGGAUGGGGGAGGUCGACGCACAAGAACCUCAGAUCAUCGAUACGGGCUUCGGGGAAGCGCCCGUCGAGAUCUACGCCCGGCCCUCGAAACCCGGUGUCGUCCCUAGGCUACAAGGGCCUUUUGAGCUCAUGGCGGACCCUGAAGGGGGUGAUCUAGAUAGCUCGCUGACAGAUAUUCAUGUCAUUGGCCAGAAGAUUGAGGCCGAGGGACUUAUGAUGGGCGAGGAAGACGACCUCGUUCUUGACGAGGGGGCCCGGGAAGGGCUGUCCUUGUCCGUGGUCUGCCUGCUCUCCUCGUCUGGUCAGCUGCGCAUCCUGCUCGACCUGGAGGGCGUCGAAGCCCAGUGGCUGCCUCCCAAGGGAAAAUCCAAGAUUGGACGGCUCAUGCAGGAUGCUGCUGAGCCGGCAUCCCUGCUCACGUUCCAGUCGAUCGAUACCAUGGGGCACAGUGAGGUUGCAGAAGGAAGCUGGCCCAUGUUCUCACGCGAUGUCAUGUCACGUUACGCGUUUUUCGUGACGCACCACGCAGGCAUCACCUAUGUGUCUUCGACACCCUGGGUGUUCCGGCUCCAGGGCGAGCUCCAGGGCGCGUCCGAGGUGGGAUCCGAUUUUCGACUCCGGCUCCUCUCGAAAGGACGGAACUCGACCCGCGAGAGGCUCUUCACGCAGCCAUCGGCCGACGUCUCCGUUCCGUUGGCAGCGUCUGUGGCCAUACAAGACGCGGACACUGGCUACUUCUUGCUCUCGGGCACACCCUACGAGCCCAUUGCGCUGACGUUCGAGACGCCGGAAGAGGAUUUCCCCCUAGAUCGCGAUCGCGAUCGCGACGAAACGCCCGUACCGGAAGAGAAGGUCAGCGACAUGCAGCCGCUGGAUUUCUACGAGCCGCGACCAGCAUUUCAGCCACCGCACGCCUUUGAUCAACAGUCGGCACUUCCUGAGCUUCACGGCAGGCUCAAGAGCUCUCGGCAUAGGGCCCUCCUCGGACAACAGAUCAGGCUGUCCCCGGUCACGCUGCAGAUAUUCACCGAUGCGCACAGGGUGCUGGGGGAAGAGACGUACAAGCUAGCCACGGCGGUAGCCGAGCUUUUCAGGCGUUGCACCUCUCUACAGCACGAACUCCGGGAACAGAUCCGGAAAGCGAAUGAGGUCAAGGAGAAGAUCGACAGGAUCGCGGGUCACGACAAGGACGGCGGGGAGGAGGAGAGCGACGAGGUGAGGUUCGAGCGACGCAUCACGAGGGCACAGGAGAGACAGCAAGAGUUGGCGGAGCGACUCGAAGGGCUGCGGAGGCACGCCAGCAAAUCGGCGACGCGGGAGCUAAGCGCCAAGGAGAGGGCGCUGGUGGCGGAGGUCAAGAGCAUGGAAGCGAGCCUCCUGGGGCCGGCAUCGCAGGGCGGACAGGUGCUGAAACCACAGCACCAGCUCUCACGGCGGGUCGAGGAAGUGGAGCGGCUGCGGGAUGAGCUCACGGGAGAAAUCGAACGGAUCCAGAAGAAGGAAAGCCAGGAUGGGCAAGGGCCCAAGGAAGAAGGGUCGGGGUCGGCAUCACCAGGUAGAGGAAGAUUGGGAGGAGAUUUCCGGGUACCGGCCGAGAUUCGGAAGGCGAAGAUGCAGCAGGUGAUGGGUCUAUUGGCGCGCGAGACGGCGCUCGUGGAGGCAGUGAGUGCUCGGUUGGAGCGACUGCAGGUGUAGGUAGGGGGGGAGUGCGUGGUCAUCUUUGCUUGUACGAUGAGCGAUGAUUUUUUUGUAAUCAGGUUUGUAACAAACAAUUUUCUGAAAUCCCCAGCAAAUCACAGUCUGGCUUUUUUGCUGGUAUUUAUUCGAGGUUCGACGCACGCUCUUCGAGUCUCGCUUCAGCUGCC